AUGACCCAAAUGUGCUCAGAGGGUUGGAUUGGCCAAAGUAUGCAGAGGGGAAAGAAGCUGUUGCAGUUGAAAGGAGACAAUAUUACCGCUAUUCCGGAUACCUACAGGAAGGAAGCUAUUGCUGCUUUGGUGAAUAAGGAUGCUGCUGGAGAGCCAAACCACCAACAGGCCAAGGAUCAUGCAUGCAUAGUAAAUUCAGUGGCAACCAAUCAGGACAUGUUUAGAGAGAGGAAUGCCAAGACUAAGGAGGAAAAUGCUGAGGCUCAUCACAACACACCUAGUUCACAGGUCAUGGUGGAUGACACUGACCCUCAAGCUGGUGCCAGCGAGGCUGCCAAGAGGUCUAAAAGGACCAAGAAGGUAACAAUUGUCCAACAGACACAAACCGGAAAUACAGCCAACAAUGACAACAAGAUUGAUGAUGACCCUGAAGAUGAAUCAGAUGAUGAUGACAUUGGUAAAUGA